AAAAGAAAAGGAAGCGAUGCCGAUUUGUUGCGAAAUCUGUUAUAUCAUGUAUUGUAUGUAGGCUAAACAGAGAGCAACAAUGUCAAAAAUAGACUCAUCUUUGUUUAUGUCACCUGUAAAACAGAUUGUAAUAGGUAAUAUUCGUAAAGACACAACUAUAGAGGAUUUGAAGGACUGCUUCAGUCAGUUGAUAAAAAAACACGAUGUGUCAUUCAGAAUUGCAGUCGACAAGAAAGGCAAACAAAAAGGAUUUGCUGCUGUCAGUAUUCCCAUAACUCUGGUGAACGACUUCCUGAAUUACAAUGGACGGAACAUGAAAGGUCACCGGAUUACCGUGGUGCUAAGCGAAGACUUCAAGAUCUCGAAAUCCACCAGGUGGCAGCAGGAAGAGACGGGUGUGUUCAAGACGCCGUCGCCCAACCAGUACAACUCUCUCCGGUCUAUGCCCUUCCUCUACAAGCUGUUUGAUGCCGGGGUCUAUCUGACGCAUCCCAAGUUCUCCAAGAACGCACUCAAUGUCAUCGAACGUGCUCAAAGCUGUGGUGUAAAGAAAAUGGUUGUCCUAGGAGCAAACGUGCACCAGUGUGAACAAGCACUCGGUCUUUGUAGACUAUUUUCAGGCUCUCUUUUUUGUACUGCAGGUUUGGGUCCGAAGCACGCACCUUUCUGGACUGAUGAGGCAGAGACUCAGUUGACGCAGAUAGCUUCCAGCGGUCACUGCGUGGCCAUCGGAGAGUGUGGCCUGGAUCUAAGCACAGACGAGCUGAGUUCCUCCCAGUCACAGCAGCUUUAUGCAUUUGAAAAACAGAUUCAACUUUCGAUCAAGUUAAAGAAGCCAUUGGUUGUGAUUGAGAAACAGGCGCACAUUGAGACGUUAUCGCUGCUGCAGAAAUACAAGGAUCAGCUGGUGGACGUGGUCGUGAGCUUCGUUCCAGAAAACAAGGCACAGAUAGUGAAAUAUGUACAAGAAGGCUUCUAUAUCUACAUACACGGCAAUGUUUUUUUACCUCAAAAUAGUUGCAUAAAAAAGUGGUUGACGGACAGCGAUGAAGAAACGAAUGUGCCAUUUGACAGAUUACUCCUAGGCAGUGCUGCACCGUACCACAGUGUGUUCAGAUGCACGGACAUCGACUGGUACCCCCGACAGUUCACGGACGAUACGCAGCACAAAUCGUUCGACAUCAUGCUCAAACACUGCAAGGACAAUUACAGUGAACCAUGUAGCUUGCCGUCCAUGCUCGUUAUGAUGUGCUGUAUGGUCGGAGAUCGAUUCACGCCACGGUCGCUGGCUGAAAAAUUAACUCAGAAUGCAGUGACGUUUUUCCAUCUCGACAAGAGUGUUGGCGAAGAGGCGAGUGUGAAGGUCACCGGUGAGAAAUUCUGUAACAAGACGCCGGCGAGUCAUCAUCGUCGUUGGUCGUUUUUCGUCGUCACUGCCUUAGUAGUCGUGGCUGCCGUUGUGUUGCUGGGCGUUGUUUGUGUUAAGUAUUCAGUACUGGACAAGGUGGGAGCGCUAUAUAACUUGUUGUAAGGUUGUCAUAACAUUGUUUUGCAGGUAAAAUUUGACAGAUAGUUGAAAAGGGACCAUACUUAAAGUGUGCAUGUUAAAAGAAAUCAUGACUUGAAAUGACAUGAAAGCAUUUGCUUUCCCACACACCAGCUUUAAUAACAAUGACCGGCCUUGGUGGUGUCGUGGUUAAGCCAUCGGACAUACAUGUAAGGCUGGUAGAUACAGGGUUCACAGCCCAGUACCGGCUCUCACCCAGAUGACUCAGUGGGUAGGUGUAAGACUGCUAC